AUGGCUCAUAGUGCAAGUUCAUCAACCAAUUCAUUUAAAAACGAGACUGGUGUUUUAUGUAAUUGUAACCGAUCAGCUAAAAUUGUGAGAGCCUGGACAAUUGACAACCCUGGAAGGAGAUUCUACAGUUGUAGAGGGCGUAAGUUUGCUAACGGAUACGAAAAUUGCAACUUUUUUCGCUGGUUUGAUGUGGAGAAACCACAAGGAUGGCAACAUGAAGCACUAUUGGAGGCAAGGAAUACCAUUCGUGAGCAAAAAGAGGAGAUCAAAGGUUUAAGAAACACGGUCAGAGCUCUAACUCAUGGAGGUGAAACUAUGGAAGGUGAGACCAUGGAAAACAGGAGUGAAGUAAUGGAGAAGAUGAAGCAAAAAAUGGAUGAGUAUGAAGCACUUAAGCUAGAGGUGCUGAUUCUACGUGAAAGAAGUACGAUAUUACGCAAUGUUCUUUUAACUUCGUCGGUUGGAUUUGUAGUGGUAAUAGGAAUAAUGGCGAUGUGGAAGUGGUAA